AUGGAUGGGCUCGCUUCGACGCAGCUGGGCGGUACAGCGGAUAUCGUUUCUCAAAUCGUAUCUUACCUCCCUCAAUCAUCGUUAUUUGCCACCCUUCAAGUGUCCAAGUCGUUCUUUCACGCAUCCGUCCCACAUCUAUACCAUACAUUGACCAUCAAACAUGAUUUUAAGAACAUAUUCACAGGGGCCACAAGACCAGACAAUCUCACGUUCGACACCCCCUCGAAUGACGAUCAAACUCAACCUCUCAAUGAGAUCAACAAGAACUCACUUUUGAGGUAUAUAAAAAGAGUGGACGUCUUUGUGCACUCCACGCAUGAAUGUCCUUUUGUACUGCAAUAUAUCCAGCCUCUACCCAACUUGGAAGUGGUGCAUUUAGCAAGAGGACCAAGAGGGAAAGGAUUUGGUUUUCCAUGUGAAGCUGAGACGUGUCAAUUUAUCAACAAAGUUUGUGUUAAUGCUAAAAAAGCUAUCAUACGUCAACUUGAUUUCACUCCCUUAUCGUCAUACAAAAGCCUCAAAACUGUAGUGCUGAAACUUAGAAUUUGCGAGCUACCAAUAUGGUAUGGACAAGGAUUGAUAGAUUAUGGAGAAUAUCACAUGUCUAAAUCAGAAAUCUCUCUACCUCACUCUGUGAAGAAACUGGAUAUGGUUUGGUGGGACGCAGAUCACAAAUACAGACUUGACUCGUAUGAAGCACAAGAGGAAGGUUCUCGUUACUGGCAUGGUGGACGAGAUUCUGGGAUGAGGACAAUGAAGGGUUGUACCUAUUGUGAUCAAUCCGGAUGUAGACAGUAUUCACCUCAUGUCGGUAUUCAGAUUCCUGCAAUGGUCGAAUGCUUUGCUCAAGAUUUCAAACUGGACCAAAUAAGGUUGUGGAACGUUGGUGGAUCCAUUCCACGGCCACAAUGGGGUGAAGAAGAAUUCGCUGUUGAAGAAUUGAAGGAAAUGAUCGUCAAGUCUUUCUCCGUAGGCAGGCAGAAAAAAUCGACGUUGCUGACGAAUUCUGAAUCUGAUUCGGAGGACAUGAUGACCUUCCAUUCAGGUCUAGAAUAUCUCUCUUAUGGCUUAGAAAAUGAUGAGAUUGACCAAGGUGAAUGGCAAUACUGGGAGGACCGAUAUCAGCCGUCAUUCAAGCUGCAGGAAUUGAGAGAACAGGUAUCCAAAUUGAUCACGUUGGAAAAUAUCGGGUAUCCUACAUCCUCAAACUGCAAAGAUGACAUGAAACACUGGUCGAAGGACGAUUGUUGGGCCUACCUUGCUCGACAUCAGGAAAAGCAAAGAAAGGAAGAGGAAACAGAGGCCAGAAUGAGAAUUCGUGACAAAGCUGAGGCAAGGCAAGAAUCGGAAGAAGAACACGAUAUUGAUGAUUAUUCGGACGUUGAAGUGCAGGAGGUCUAG